AUGUUCAUCUUUGGAAAUGUGACUUCCUGUGACCGCAGCGACGAUGAUGAGCCGCAAACAGCCAAAUUUGAAGCCCUUCCCCUUGAGCCACAACGUGGAGCCGCAUUUACGACCAGAUCCCGGUCACGCAGUUUGAAGAACCCGCAGGAGAAAUCCCGAGGGACUUUUCGGAGAAAGGGACAUGAAAUCCAGAUGACGAAUGAGCAGAGGCAGGCCAUUGAUCUAUUAUCCGGAGACUACCAAACUGGAGCUGUAUUCUCCCCUUUGGAGCCGGGAAGACGGCGA